UACCAGGCAACAGCAGACCAGGGCGGGGUUAAGCAAGUGACAGCAAAUAGAAAACUUUGUUAGCUACGAGCUAACUUUACCCCAUUGUCGGUUCUACGAUGUUACUAGUUUAAAAUAACACCCAAGGAAGCCCUUAAAGGAUGGCGUGUCCGGACGAUGGAACAGAUGAAAUGUGCAGAUGGACUAGUUCAGUGCUGAUGAACAGCAAAAAUGAAUUCAGCGCAAGAGUGCAAAAGUUCAUGGAGGAGAGGAUGCAGACCACUAUGCUCACAGGUGUCCUGAUUGGAGCUGCAGUUGCUGUCUCACUGAUUGGGAUUGUGGUGCUCUUCGUGUACAGGAGAUUCAAACUUGCUCGUGAACAACAGCCUGGUGUGCCUCAUUAUCGCUUCAGAAAACGAGAUAAAGUGCUCUUCUAUGGAAGGAAGAUAAUGCGAAAGGUCCAGACGCUGUCUGCAGUUCCUCCUUCCACAUCGACAAACCAGACAUCAAAGCAGCCGCAGCGCAUUCGCAAAAGAACCAAAGUUUUGAGCAUAGCUCGCAAAAUUCUGAGGAUCCGUAAAGACCCUCCCACCCUGCAGCCAAAGGAACCCCCUCCGUCCUUGCUGGAGGCCGACCUAACAGAGUUUGACGUGCAGAGCUCAAACCUGCCCUCUGAGGUCCUCUACAUGCUGAAAAAUGUCAGGGUCUUGGGUCAUUUUGAGAAGCCCCUGUUUCUGGAGCUGUGUCGCCACAUGGUGUUUAUUGAGCUGCAGGAAGGUGAAAACCUGUUCAGACCAGGAGAUGAUGAUGACAGCAUCUAUGUGGUGCAGGACGGGCGACUUGAGCUCUGCAUUCAAGAGAACGACGGCACAGAGCCAGUGGUGAAGGACGUGCUGCCAGGAGACAGCGUCCACAGUCUGCUCAGUAUUCUGGACAUUAUCACUGGUUAUCCAGCUCCAUAUAAGACUGUAUCAGCACGGGCUGCAACUCGCGCCACUAUCUUGCGUUUACCUGCGUCGGCUUUUGAGUCUGUGUUCAGGAAGUACCCAGAGACACUUGUGCGCGUCAUUCAGAUAAUCAUGGUGCGCCUUCAAAGAGUCACCUUUUUGGCAUUACAUAACUAUCUGGGCCUAACGACUGAGCUCUUCAAUCCGGAAAGUCAGGCAAUACCCUUGACCAAUAUAAACAGUGUGAUGGGAGAGGCCAUUUCUGGAAAGAUGACUCGUCGUCUCCACUUCCAGGACGAGUUACCCGUCGAGGUCCCUCCAGAGACAGAUGGCGUAAAGGACAGCCCUUCAAACAGCUACAGGAGGCUGCGAUCCAUCUCGAUGCCCACCGACAGCACAGGUAACGACUUGAACAUGGUUUGUGAACGAGCUCGAGUUACUAUAGAGGAGGCUCCACCCAGUCCAGUCACUCACAAAUCUAAUUUGAAGAAGAGUGUGACAAUGCAGCACACACCAUCUGAAGUAUUUCACUACACGGACAGUGGAGGGCAGUGUGAUGCCAUCCACCUCAGUAAGAGCAGCACCAUCUUCCAGGCUGCUAAGAAGGACCUGCAGGGAAUCAUCCAGCUGCAGGACCCUAAUCUCCUUGAGGGCAGGGUGACCCUUCACCAUGUCAAAGCUGGUUCUGUGGUAGCUCGUCAAGGAGACCAGGAGGUGAGCGUCCAGUUUGUGAUUUCCGGGCUUCUCCAUGUUUACCAGCGGAUGAUUGACCGCGAAGACGAGUCGCGUCUGUUUGUCACGCAUCCCGGAGAGCUCGUUGGGCAACUCGCCGUCCUGACCGGAGAACCCCUCAUAUUCACCGUUCGAGCCCAGAGAGACUGCAGCUUCCUCUCCAUCUCCAAAACGCACUUCUACGAGAUAAUGCGAGUGGAGCCAAAAGUUGUGCUGAAUGUCGCUCACACGGUGGUGAGGAGGAUGUCAUCUUUUGUCAGGCAAAUAGACUUUGCUCUCGACUGGAUGGCUGUGGAAGCUGGCAGGGCAGUUUACAGGCAAGGAGAGAAAUCAGACAGUACUUUCAUAGUGCUCAGUGGUCGACUGCGGUCUGUAAUCAUGAAAGAAGAUGGCAAGAAGGAGCUGAUUGGAGAGUACGGGCGAGGUGACCUAAUUGGAGUGGUGGAAGCCCUGACUCACCAGAACAGAGCCACCACAGUUCACGCUGUACGAGACUCUGAGCUGGCCAAACUACCAGAAGGAGCCCUCAGCUCUAUCAAGAGGAAGUUCCCACAGGUUGUCACCAGGUUGAUCCACUUACUUGGACAGAAGAUCCUCCAGCAGGUCAAUGGUCCUCUGACAGCUCGCAGUUUGGCCCUCCACACUCCAGGAAGUAAAUGGGAUGCGGGAAACCAAGCCUCCAACCUCUCCACUGUGACAGUCCUGCCUGUUUCAGAAGAGACACCUCUGACUGCCUUCACCCUGGAGCUGCAGCAUGCACUCCUUGCUAUAGGUCCCACCCUUCUGCUGACCAGUGACAUAAUCAAACAGCGCCUUGGAGCUGCAGCUCUAGAUAGUGUCCAUGAGUACCGCCUGUCCAGCUGGCUGGGCCAACAAGAAGACAUCCAUCGCAUAGUUCUUUACCAGACUGACUACACACUAACCCCGUGGACACAGCGGUGUAUUCGUCAGGCUGACUGCAUCAUUAUUGUGGGACUGGGAGAACAGGAAGCUGUCGUUGGGGAGCUGGAGCGCAUGUUGGAAGGAAGCGCGGUGCGUGCCCAGAAGCAGCUGGUGUUGUUGCACAGAGAAGAUGGCCCCCCACCCAAAGGAACCGUGGAGUGGCUGAACAUGCGUAGCUGGAUCUCCAGACACCUCCACCUCUCCUGUCCCAGAAGGGUCUUCUCUAAGAGGAGCCUGCCCAAACUGUUGGAGCUGUAUGAACGAGUGUUUGAGAAGCCAGCAGACCGCCACUCUGACUUCUCCCGCCUGGCUCGUGUUCUCACAGGCAAUGCUAUAGCUCUUGUUCUCGGAGGAGGAGGAGCCAGGGGUUGUUCACAGGUGGGCAUAUUGCGGGCGCUCUCUGAGGCUGGCAUCCCCGUGGACCUCAUUGGUGGGACUUCAAUCGGCUCCCUGAUGGGGGCACUGUACGCUGAGGACCGCAGCCACAGCCGCAUGAGGAUAAGAGCCAGGGAAUGGGCAAUGGAAAUGACUUCGGUGUUUAAGAAGGUCCUGGAUUUGACAUAUCCAGUCACCUCCAUGUUUUCCGGGGCAGCCUUCAACUAUGGCAUCAGCACGGUCUUCAAAAGCAAACAGAUCGAGGACCUCUGGAUCCCAUAUUUCAACAUCACUACUGACAUCACUGCCUCAGCCAUGAGAGUUCACACUGAUGGGUCUCUGUGGCGCUACGUUCGCGCCAGCAUGUCUCUGUCCGGAUAUCUGCCUCCUCUCUGCGACCCCAAAGAUGGACACCUGCUGAUGGACGGAGGCUACAUCAAUAACCUGCCUGCUGAUGUUGCACGCUCCAUGGGGGCCAAAGUGGUGAUAGCUAUUGACGUGGGCAGCCGAGAUGAAACCAACCUCACUAAUUAUGGCGACUCGCUCUCAGGCUGGUGGCUGCUAUGGAAACGCCUCAACCCCCUAGCUGAGAAAGUAAAGGUGCUGAACAUGGCGGAGAUUCAGACUCGGCUGGCAUACGUGUGCUGUGUGAGGCAGCUGGAGUCCGUGAAGAACAGCGACUACUGCGAGUAUAUCAGGCCUCCGAUCGACAGAUACCGCACUCUGGAGUUCGGAAAGUUUGACGAGAUUGCUGAGGUGGGAUACCAGCACGGCAAGACUGUGUUUGAUGUGUGGAGUCGCAGUGGCGUGGUGGACAAGAUGCUGAAAGACAGACACCAAGAGGAGUUCCACAACACACAAAGCAAGAACAAUGUGGUGACAUGUCCCAAUGCUUCCUUCACCGACCUGGCAGAAAUCGUGUCCCGCAUCGAGCCCGUCAAACCUCCUCUGGUGGAAGAUGAGUCCGACUACCAAACUGACUACGAGGAGGAUGCGCUGGAGAGUGCUUUGUCUGACAUGGAGAUGUACAAUCGCUACGGAGAGCACACUGAAGAGGAGGAGACUGCUGACACGGACGAGGAGCUGGACGGGAGGCCAGGACGCACCAUUACCUCGCUCACCAGCUGCCAGCCUUCAUUUUCUGCCGUCCCUGACAGCGCGCUGGACGAGUCAUCAAACCAGCAGGUCCAUUAAGUGAAGACCGGUCUUAUGUACUCUACCUGAACAGGUCAUCGCGAUGCAACCUGCCAGUCUGUCCCACUAGUGACUACAAUUACCACAUUGACCUCUGUUAUCUGGCAUUAUUAGGUGUGUGGCUGACUCAACACACACAUCCAGCACAUAUGGUCUGACAGUUUAUAGAGCGCCUGCAAGUCUAAUCAUUUCUCAUAUUGAGAUUAUUUCCUGUAGCUUUACAUAAUCACACCAGUCCAGUGGAAGAUAAACAACAGGGCUGGCGAGGAGAUGGUAUUUCCAUGAAAUAUUCUCACUUGGACCGGGACAAGACUACGAAUCUUUGUUGACUGCUUGACUGGUAGUGGAAAAGUCUGUUCAUCUAAAUUACACAAUAAUUAAUCGAUCACCAAGAAACACAGAUAGACGAUUUUCACGUUUUGACAUCUGCCACACACAGGGUUAAGUCAUUACUUCAAGGAUUAGCACACAAAUUUAUAAUUAUGUUUCAUGACUUGUCACUAAGGUUGUAGAUUGGAAGCCAGCCCGUCUUCCCCACCUACGUCAGAAGAGGUAGUUUUUCUCUGCAUUGGUUGGAACAGGCCCCAUGAUGACUUCCCAGCAGCACUUUACUCAUAAUUAGACCAAAUUUAAUAAAAAACACAUUUAUGUGUAUAAGUUGAGUCUAUACCAUUAGCCAGUUUAAUGCAGAUUGCUGACCGUGGCAUUAUUCAGUCCUACACUUUGUCUUCUGGGCUCGAGGGAUGGAAGCCUCCAAUGUUUGCAUCCUUGCCCUCUCGCAAAAGGUUUAGAAGCACAACUUGUGUACACUCCCGUGUAUGUUACGAUCCAAAUAACACUUGUUUAAAAAAAGAAAAAAAAAAGAAAAAAAAAAUAUGAAAGAGAGCAUAAGAAGCAGCUUGCUCUGUGGCCGUGGCUGUCAGCAGUGCUUUGUCGUACCCACUGAGUCUGGGACAUAGAGUGAAUUAAUGAUUUCAGUCCACUUCAAAGCACUAGUUUCACUCUCAGCUGGUGAGAGAGUCUCCCCCACCCCCCCCCAACCCCCCCCCCCCCCCCCAUCUGUUUUCUGGCUUGAAUUUAUAAGACAGACUGAGCAGCAGACUGAGCGGAUCUGUUGGGUGAACUGUCUCCGUACACUUUAAGCACAGCGGCUCACACAGGAACGUGUUGUAACGCAAAUUAUUUGGCUCGUCGAGAUGUUUGAGGUUUCUGUUUCCCCGUGAUUUGGAUCGAAUAUGUUUAUUAAAUGAUCGCAUGCCAUUGAAAUCAUCAGAUAUUUGUUACAUACACGCAUAGUUAAAAAAAAAAAAAAAAAAGAAGAAGAAGAAAGAAAGAAAUAUAUUUUAUAUUUAAGAACAAUGAAUGUGUAGGACUUAGAUGAUUAUAUAUCUACGAGUUACGAGAGCUGGAAAAAAACAUUCCAGGAAUGCAAUUCAAUGCAAUAUUUAACUAACUGUUAUAUAGCUUUGAUUAACAAGCCUUCCUUCAUUACUCAAUACCAGUUGAUUUAAGCUUAACCAUAACUGGAACUGACAGUUACUUUCAAUUUUGUUUCAUCUAUUAUAUAAAUGUUUUGGAUUAUUAAAUAACAGGAAGCAUGGAUGUCACACAAUCCUACAGUCCAAUUUACACAUGCUGCGUUGACGAUGAAACGUUAUGUUGGACAAACAGUUCAAUGCCAAAAGAGAGCCAGAUUUAUAUGAUGCACAGAUAUGUAUAGUCUGUAUAAAAACUGGCUGCAACUCAGCACCAUCAAUAACAUUUAAUAAUACGCCGCAGCGUGUUGUGAGAUGGGAUUGUGUAGUUGAAGGAAAAAAAAAACAGAAGUAUUUCUCUGAAGUCUUUACUGUGUAGUGCAGCUAAAGGUCUAAUUAAUAUAUUUGACAAUUAAAUUCACAAGCAAACUGUUGAUCUCUGUUACCGCGUUUGAUGAGUACUUUUGUUGCAUUCAGAACUGACUGACAUAUUCUGCAGGUCUCGGUUUCAUCUUUAGCGAAGUAUUUCCACAAACUUGAUGAACCGCUGCAGUGACCCACGGGGCUCCUCCCCCGUCUCCUUGGAAACGUCCAUGCUGUCAUGAUCACGUGAUCAGUGACUGUCUCGCGUCUAAUACGCUAAAAUCAUCAGAUGCAAACUGUAUUAAUUGCUUAUAAAACAGUUAUAAUUAAUUCUAAAAUUGUCUCUCAUUAGUUUUGUGUUUGUCUAAUUACUAAUUUCCUUAGCAUCACCACGGUCUGAUCUAGUCUGCUUCUAGAUGUUAGAAGCAGAUACAACAUAUGUAAAGAAUUAUUACCAAUAUGUACUCGAACAUGGACCUUUUUCCAGUUGGCUAAUGAUAUUGUCGGCAUUCUCUGAUGGUGAUACUGUUACUAUCUCUGACAUUUUUAUUUCUGUUACUUACUGGCCAAAUACUCUUACAGUAAACUAAUAUCAGCCGCCCGUUUAGGCUCUGAUCAGUGCUUCACCAAUGCAUUUUUUUCCCCUGUUGUUGUUACUUGAUAUAACACCCUGUGAGCCUCACUGUAUGUGUCUUCGUAAACAGCGGCGCUACGGUGCCGGCAGCCUUACGUACAUGUGUGGACGGUAUGUGAAAACCUGUGAUAAACACUAUGUGGCUCACAUAUGGUGUUGGUUCCACAUGGAGUCUGGACCGAGAACGUGUGAGCAAAAUGGAGACGGGAAAACUGUUUCCCAAUGAGGCGACGGUGUUUGCACUGGUGUUUUGUCCGAGUCAAUGUUGUCUGCCACAAUGAACGUUCCACAGCUUUAUCAAACUGGACAUGGUGAUGGAUGAUAUGCUGAUGUAAUGUGUGGAUCUGUGCCAUGACUUUAAUGUAUCGAAGCCUUAGAUGACCCGUGUGGGGAAAACAACCACUCAUUUUGAUGAUUGCAGUGUGCAAGUUUACUAAUAAGCCCGUAACGUUUGACACUGAAUGUGGACAUGUUUUUUGAUAAUCGAUCACUUGUAAUAAAUUACUAUUUGUUGUUGUA